AUGGCCUGGUUCAUGAGAGGCGUGCAGAGCGCCGUCUUCCACUACGCCUCGUGCGCCCCGUGUGCCGGCUACAAGGACUCGAAGCGCCGGCGCAGGGAGGCCAAGCUGCAGCGGAAGGCGCGCGAGAAGCUCAUGCUCGAGGACCCGGAGGCCUACCACCACCCCGAGCCCACGGGCACCAAUCCCUACUGGAGCGAGGAGAUGGCCCUGGGCCCCGGACCGCCGCCGAGGAGGGCACGCCGCGCGAACACGGGCAGCACGCGGGGGAUGGGCAUGGGCAUCACCAAGGCGGGGACACAGAGCACCGUCGGCGGGAGCACCAUCGACGUCCACGGCGCCGACGACAUGCGCCUCAGCGACGACACGCUCGAGGACGAGAACUGGAACCGCAAGCGGUACCAGCGCGAGGACGAAGAUCUGUGGGGCCUCGACGAAGCGCCUCUGCCCAUCCACCACACCACGUCGGGCUCGUCGACGACGCUGAGCAUGAGGAGGCCCGGCACAUCCGCCUCGGGGAGCUACUACUCGGCACGUGCGCCCCCUGUCAACGAUCUCCACCCACCCAUUGUUAGCAUGCCCUCCCCAGACCCCGCCGACAACCGGUGGAUGCUCCAGCCGCCACCCAAAGCUAGUGUCAUGGCCGGCAAGGAGCGUGCGAGGAACAGGAGCCGCAGCGGUAGUGGGGCGAGCAGUCGCGUCGAGCUGGGUCUGCAGCGGGAACGCAGUGUGCAGCGCCGAGUGAGCACAAGGAGGACUCGGCAAACGUUGGACCGCGGACAGAUCCAAGACCUCCCCUCGAUAUCCCCCCAGGGCUCCUACACCAACCUGCUCGCCGGCCAACGCCACGACAGAUGCAGGACGCCCCAAGCCCGGCCCCCUUCCUCCAGCAGCUCGCACUUCAAACCCCGCGACACACCCAUGGUCCGAACCGACACAAUGACCACACACCACUCCCCCCGCGACCCAACCGACGCCCUCAUACGCCGAACCCGCACCGCCCCCAUCCCCGACAUCAAAGUAAUCCGCGUCCGCCAAAGCCGCCAGCUCCUCUCCACCGUCCAAUCCAGCGCCACAGACCGCUCCCCAUCCCGCACACGCACCCUCCUCCCCCUCCCCCCUUCAUCAAACGACCAAAACGCCCUCCCUGAGAAACCAAGCCCCGUUCAUAACCCCCAUACACGAUACUCCACAACCUCCUCCCCCGCCUCAUCGCACCCCUACACCAUGAAACCCCGCGCCUCCCUCACUUCCACCGAUAUCUCCCCCCUCAACGCGCUGCAAUCCCUCGUCCCAUCUGAUAGCGACAGAGAUGUCCCGCUGGCCAAAAAACACAGCUGGGCGAACACUGGCUUCGGCGUGUCGCGCGCCUGGGGGACGCCAGAAUUGGCGGACGAGGAGCCGGUUCGCGUCCCGUUUGACAGUCUGGGCGCCGCGGCGAGAGAUCCAAAGUUUCGGUGGAGUGUGGAUUUUUAG